AGUGACAAUAACUUCGAACUAUACUGAGAAAAAGCUCAGCAAAGGGAAGGGGAAAUCCUCAGCCUCCGUCCCAGAAUCUCCGGCGAAGCGAAAAUGGAAGACAUAGAAGAUUUGCUCGUGGGAAGUAGCGGACGAUCGCCGCCCGGUUUCCGGCUUCCGCUGACGCCGGACGUCGUCGGUGUAAAUCCCAAGCAGCGGAGGAGGAGCGGUCUUCCGAGUUCCACCCCCAAAAUCCCUGGCACUCAGACAAUUUAUAUAAAGACAUUUGGAUGCUCGCAUAACCAGAGUGACUCAGAGUAUAUGGCUGGUCAGCUUUCAGCAUUUGGUUAUGCUUUGACUGAUGUCCCAGAUGAAGCAGACUUGUGGCUGAUAAACACCUGCACAGUUAAAUCCCCAAGUCAGUCUUCCAUGGACACUCUUUUAACUAGAGGGAAAAUUGCAAAAAAACCACUAGUUGUUGCAGGAUGUGUUCCUCAAGGAAGCCGUAAUUUGAAAGAGUUACAAGGAAUUAGUAUAGUUGGGGUUCAACAGAUUCACCGUGUGGUAGAAGUUGUGGAAGAGACUUUGAAAGGCCACGAAGUCCGACUUCUAACCCGCAAAACACUGCCAUCACUUGACCUUCCGAAGGUGAGGAAGAACGAGUUCAUUGAGAUUCUUCCAAUUAAUGUUGGAUGCUUAGGUGCGUGCACUUAUUGCAAGACAAAACAUGCCCGCGGUCAUUUAGGAAGCUACACUGUUGAAAGCCUUGUGGGACGGGUAAAAAAUGUUGUUGCUGAUGGAGUGAAGGAGAUCUGGUUGAGUAGUGAAGACACCGGAGCAUAUGGUCGUGAUAUUGGAGUUAAUCUUCCCAUUUUGCUAAAUGCUAUUGUUGAGGAGCUUCCUACAGAUGGAAGCACAAUGCUCCGGAUUGGGAUGACUAAUCCUCCAUAUAUCCUUGAACACUUGAAGGACAUAGCCGAUGUUCUGCGUCAUCCAUGUGUUUACUCUUUUCUUCAUGUCCCUGUUCAGUCCGGAAGUGAUGCCGUCUUGAGUGUAAGAAUCAGAUUGUGUAAAUCGUUUCCAUCCACUGUUUCAUCCACUGUUCCAUUACUUGUUUUCCAGGCAAUGAAUCGUGAAUACACUGUAGCAGAGUUCAGGAAAGUGGUGGAUACAUUGACUGAACUAGUACCUGGAAUGCAGAUUGCCACGGAUAUAAUAUGUGGAUUUCCUGGUGAAACUGAUGAAGAUUUUGCUCAGACUGUUAACCUUAUUAAGGAUUAUCAGUUUGCUCAAGUUCAUAUAUCGCAGUUUUAUCCUAGACCUGGAACUCCUGCCGCAAGGAUGAAGAAAGUUGCUAGUAAUGUGGUGAAGAAUCGAAGCCGUGAGUUAACUGCUGUAUUUGAGUCAUUUACACCAUAUGCUGGAAUGGAGGGCAAAAUCGAGAGGAUAUGGAUCACUGAUAUUGCCACUGAUGGAAUUCACCUGGUGGGCCACACAAAGGGGUACAUUCAGGUGCUAGUGGUUGGUUCCGAGAGCAUGCGGGGAUCCUCAGCCAUUGUAAAGAUAACAUCAGUAACCAGAUGGUCGGUUUUUGGGGAAGUCAUUGAGGUCCUUCAACCAAACAACAUUGGCAUACCCAAAAGCGAUUGUGAAGGACCCUCUUGUGCCAGCUCAGCUGAAAACUGUGCAUGCUCCAAACAGCCAGAGGCGGGUGCUUGUUCUUCGGAUGUCACAUGUUGUGCCUCGCCAGACAACUCCGAAGUUAUUGUUUCAAAGGAUGACCCGAGACAAGCGGACCACCAAAGAGUUAACCAUGCCGGGUGGUUAAGAAGGAAGACGAAGGGCCGUUUGGAUGCGCGCCGUACUGUUCGAGCAGCUGUUUGGGGUGGUCCUAUUGAUACCAUAUUACUGAGUGGAAUUAUUUUCAGUUUCUUGACAAUAGUAGCACUUAUGUUGUAUCUAGGUUGGAUGAAGAAAUAGAUUAUUGUCCAUAAGUUCAAUGUUCUAGAAGAAUUUAGUUUGGUUAGUUCUUGCAAAAUGUCACAUUCAAUUUUGUAUUUGCUGAGUUUUGACAAUGCCCUUACUAAAGCUUUGUAGGCCCAAACUUGAGGACCCCUUCUCCCAAGAUUAAUGUGUGAUUUUGAUCUUUCAUGUCACCAAUUCGCCUCUUGAAUUCCCAAUCU